GCAGUUUUGUGGAAUGAGCCAGAUUAACUUGGACUCCCUUAUUAUGACGGUAGAAGAGAAGGACCUCUUCACACGCUACAAUUACCUGAACGAGGAGCUGAAGGAUAUCAACAACUCGAUCGAGCAGAUUAAAAAGCAUAGUCAACUGUUAUCCGAUGCUUUGGAGGAGAGCAUGCUAGCGGAGGAUGAAGAAGGCAAUCUCAUGUUGAGUUGCGGAAGCAUUUUUGUCCAAAUGGGAUUCGAUUCUGUUGAAGAACGUCUCAGCAAGAUGUCAGAAGACGCGCAAAAGGAGCAAGACAAAUUGGAAGAGGAAAGAAACGAAAAACAAACCGAAUUAGAGGAAAUAAAGAAAAAGCUCUAUGCUCGUUUUGGUGAUCUUGUUGUGCUGGGUUAAUAAUUGUUGUUAAUCUUUUCGUACA